AUGGGAUGGACUGCGCUUCUGCUAUUCAUUUUCUUUGGUCUAUACAUUAAUAUUACAACCGAAGCACCGACGUCGGAGUCUAUCACAGCUACUCCUGCCUCCCAAACCACUUCUGGCGCUCAGGCACCGAGCUGGAGCUCAACAUUCAGCAAUUAUUCUGCUGGUUUAAGCUCUAAAGUACCCCCCCCAACGUCAAUCUCGCCCGCCAAAGCUACCCCAAGAGCUGGGAGGGUACCAAGCAACUUUUUCUACGAUGAGAAGGGGCUUAGGAUCAAGUGUCGCCAGCCUCGCCACGUAUAUGACUUAAAACCUGUUUAUGACCCAGAAGAAUAUCCUCGGCUUAAGGAAUAUAAUUGGAAAGCGUAUAAGACGGGUCGAGGGGGGGCCAUCGAUGCUAUCCAGGUUCUGCAAAGUCAAUGCAGGGCUCAUUGCAGAUGUACUCCCGAGGGUCGGAUUGUAUCGACGCUCGAGACGUGUUACUGCUAUGCCAAGCUUACACAGGCCACGCCGAUCCCAGGCGUCGAAGAUAUCCCAAUCUCAGAAUACCAGGAAACUCUUGACCGAAUUCCAUUGUCUGUUAGACUUGCAAGCGAGAAUGAGGAUUUUGCAUGGAUUUGGGGCCCAACAAGACUUGAUUUUACAGUUCCGACUAGAGAUUUGGUUCCGGCUCGGGAUAGGCCAUAUUUUAUGGAGGGCCCAAACGGCGAACUAGAGCAUACUUGGGAUACCGCUAACGGAAUAAGCUCUGAAUUUUGGAACAUGGCGACAUGGAACAGGAGGAACCCAGAAGAGACGGAGCGUGAGUGGGACCAUAUUAGUUCAGAGAGCCUUGAGUUUUGGAAAACGGCGCAUUGGAACAUAAAUCGACCAAAGCGUAGAGAUUUGGGUGCUAUAGAGAAUGAAACUGGUCUUGAUGGCAAUGUGGAUUUCAACCCGCAGAGUGACGAAUUGAAUACCCCUAGUGAGGCCUUAAAGGAGGAUUCAGGCUAG